AUGUCGGAUAGUGACGAAGACCACACCGAAGGCGAGGAUAACGUUUUUCUCAACCUGGUCGCGCGUGUCAUCCGGAAACCCCUCUACCGGUUUCCAGGGCAGUGGGGUCACGAGACCUACGAGCCACGGAUCUACAGAAGUCUGGGUACCAUCCUACGGAACGCGACCUCGGAAGAAUUCGAUGCUUUUAUAAUGGACUUCAUUGAUUUUGCGCGGACGGCUCAUGCGCGCCUGGACAUGCAGUUCUACAUGGAGUUCAUUAACGUGUGCACCAAUACCAUCCUGCACUGGGUGUUUGCGCGCAGACGCAGCGCCGACAUAGUCCGGAAGCUGAUGGAGAGGACGUCGGUGUUUCUGCAGGACCAGACUAACAACCUGGCCAUAGCAUGGAGGUGUUUCACACCCAUCUACAGCCCCAGCCCCAUGGGCGGGGUGACCCCACUGAUGUUCGUGGCCCAGAACAGGCAGUGUGAAGUGCUGAAGGUGUUGCUGCAGUAUGGGAUGCUGGAGAAGGAGAGGAGACCCACCUACAUCAUCAUCUCUGUCCUGUUUAACUCCCCGAGACUGGAGGCGCUGGAUGAGCGCUGUCACGCCACCGUCACCAGGGAACUCAGGGACUGUAUGGCUCUCUGCUUCAGGGUGCUCAGCCAUGUAUCCAUGUCUGAUAUAGAGAUGCAGAUGGUGUACGGUCGUAAGCCCCUGAUUGAUGACUGGCGAGACCACAUCCCCCCAAGUCGCUACAAGGACCCCUGUGAACUGACCCACCUCUGUCGUAUGGUGGUUCGGACCUCUCUGCUGGCCAGGGGCCGCUUACCGGACGGCAUCAAGUCGCUACCACUCCCUACACUCCUCCAAGGCUACCUCAACCUGGAGAGCUGA